AUGCGCCAGCCCUUCCCCAUGCGAGAGAAGCAGCUCGAGUCAUGGUGUGAACUGGGCGUAUCACCUGUGCCGCACUUGGACGCCAACGCCCGCCACCUCUUGGGCGUCGGGGAGCUCAACGAAAACAAGCACAACGGGAGGCGCGAAAUCGCUUCGGCUGUGUACCCGCUGGGUGGCGUCACUGUUCUCACUGUCACUAUGGUACAAAAGGUUCUCCUGCAUCCCGCGGGCCAAAAUGCUACGCGUCGAGCUUCGGGGGUCCAACUGGUUAACGGGACGCAACUGUUUGGUCGAGAGAUCAUCCUGUCCCCAGGUGCAAUUCGCACCCCGCAGAUUCGCAUGCUAUCUGGCUCGGCAUCACGGUUCAAGUCAACUCGCCAGAGGUUGGGAGAAACUGUGGUGAUCACUCUCGGCCUGUUUCUCUUCCCCUUCCCCAGUUCAUGUUACCACGUCAUAGGACCCGCCGCCAUGGGCAAAGUCGUCGAUACCAACCUGAGAGUCGAGGGGGUAGCCGGCCUGCGUGGACGCUUCCAUGUUUUCCGUGGUCGUAUCCGCUCACAUGCAGGUGGCGACUGGCUUGAGGAUGAAAAUCUGGGCUGA